UUGAUUCUCUGUAUGCAAAACUUUUGUCUUUUUCCCGCUUUUUCUUUUUCUUUCUUUCUCUCUGUAAAAAGCCUUUCACCAUGAUCGCAUACGUGUCUUUUCUCCAAGGUUCCUCCCGACCGCGUUCUUUGAUUUCUCUAUUAUAAAGCUUUCACUGUCUCCCUCGCAUAAUCCUCUAUAAACUAAACCAAACCCACAAAUGAAAUGGUCGACUACGUACAAUAUCGCCAUUAAUUUUUUAUUAUUAUAACCUGUAAAGUUUACUUUCCUUUCUCUUCUUAUCUUAUCAAAUGAAAGGCCACGCUAGGCACCAACGCCGUUGGGCCUCUGACACCGUCCCUGACAAACUCGUUAUGAGUUCACCUGGCACUGAGUCGGACUCGGCUGAGGAGUAUGUUGAAGUCACGAUUGAUCUUCAGGAUGAUGACACAAUUGUACUCAGAAGCGUGGAGCCGGCGGCGAAAGGCAUUAACAUCGAGGACGGACACGGAUCGCCGACGGUAAAACGAACUUCGUCGAAUAGCCUGAGACAGUUUUCUCAGGAGUUAAAAGCGGAAGCCGUGGCUAAAGCGAAACAGUUUUCGCAUGAGUUGAGGAAGUUCUCAUGGAGCCAUGGACACGGGUCCCGUGGGCUGUCGGCUUCGACUUCUUCGUCGGCUCAGAAUGGCGCUGCCGGAAGUGGAUUCGACUCGGCUUUGGCGGCUCGUGCUUUGAGAAAACAACGAGCUCAGUUGGAUCGGACUCGGUCCGGUGCACAAAAAGCGCUUCGUGGUCUGAGAUUUAUAAGUAACAGUAAAACCAAUGGCGUCGAUGCCUGGAAUGAAGUUCAAAACAAUUUCGAUAAGCUCUCCAAAGAAGGCUUCCUCUAUCGUGCCGAUUUCGCACAAUGCAUAGGAAUGAGAGAUUCAAAAGAGUUCGCGUUGGAGCUUUUUGAUGCUCUGAGUAGAAGAAGACGGUUAAAAGUCGAAAAGAUCAGCAAAGACGAACUUUACGAGUACUGGUCACAAAUUACAGACGAAAGUUUCGAUUCCCGGCUCCAGAUCUUCUUCGACAUGGUGGACAAGAACGAGGAUGGUAGAAUUACUGAAGAAGAAGUAAAAGAGAUUAUUAUGCUAAGUGCUUCUGCAAAUAAGUUGUCAAGAUUGAAGGAGCAAGCAGAGGAAUAUGCAGCCUUGAUUAUGGAAGAACUGGAUCCUGAAAGACUUGGAUACAUUGAGCUAUGGCAACUAGAGACGCUUCUGUUACAAAAAGACACGUAUCUCAACUACAGUCAAGCACUGAGCUACACCAGCCAAGCCCUGAGUCAAAACCUGCAAGGUUUAAGAAAGAAAAGCCGAAUCAGGAGGAUAAGCACAGCGUUGCUGUAUUAUUUGCAAGAGAAUUGGAGGAGGGUUUGGGUGUUGACAUUGUGGAUUUUGAUCAUGAUGGGUUUAUUUACAUGGAAGUUUUUUGAAUACAGAGAUAAAGAUGCAUUUCAGGUCAUGGGUUAUUGUCUUCUUACUGCAAAAGGUGCUGCUGAGACAUUGAAGUUCAAUAUGGCUAUCAUUCUUCUGCCUGUUUGUAGAAAUACCAUUACCAGGCUAAGGUCCACCAAGUUGGGCUUCUUCGUGCCUUUCGACGACAACAUCAACUUUCAUAAGACGAUUGCCGCCGCAAUUGUAGUUGGUGUGCUUCUCCAUGCUGGUAACCACCUUGCAUGUGAUUUUCCGAGGCUUAUACAUUCUACUGAAAAAGAAUACGAUCACUUCUUAAUCCAUGACUUCACCAAACAUAAACCCACAUACUGGGACCUGGUUAAAGGGCCGGAGGGCGUCACUGGAAUCCUGAUGGUGAUAUGCAUGGUCAUUGCAUUUACCCUAGCAACUCACUGGUUCAGGCGGAACCAAGUUAAGCUACCCAAGCCCUUUGACAGACUCACGGGUUUCAAUGCUUUCUGGUAUUCACACCAUCUGUUCGUGAUUGUAUACAUCUUAUUCAUCAUUCACGGAUUUUUCCUUUACCUGGUUCAUAGAUGGUACAAAAAAACGACAUGGAUGUAUCUUGCCGUUCCCGUUUUUCUAUAUGCAGGAGAAAGAACUCUGAGAUUUUUUCGUUCUGGCCUCUCUACUGUUCGGCUUCUAAAGGUUGCCAUAUAUCCCGGGAAUGUUCUCACACUGCAAAUGUCUAAGCCUCCACAGUUUCGGUACAAGAGUGGACAAUACAUGUUUGUUCAGUGCCCUGCUGUGUCUCCUUUCGAAUGGCAUCCAUUUUCAAUCACCUCUGCUCCUGGUGACGACUACCUUAGUGUUCACAUCCGACAGUUGGGAGACUGGACUCAAGAACUUAAAAGGGUAUUCUCUGAGGCAUGUGAGCCUCCGGUAGCUGGGAAAAGUGGGCUUCUGAGGGCUGAUGAAUCAACAAAGAAAAGUUUGCCAAAGCUCUUAAUAGACGGGCCAUAUGGUGCCCCGGCGCAAGACUAUCGGAAUUAUGAUGUUCUCUUACUAGUUGGUCUUGGGAUUGGAGCAACACCAUUCAUCAGCAUUCUAAAAGAUUUGCUUAAUAACAUUGUCAAACAUGAGGAACAAGAGGAUUUGGCUUCAGACCUAAGUAGGACAUCAGACACGAGUGUUGGCGGCAGUGAUUCUAAGCACAAUGGGAUUUCUCCAAAACGGAAGAAGCCUCUGAAGACCACUAAUGCAUACUUCUAUUGGGUAACAAGGGAGCAAGGUUCAUUUGAUUGGUUCAAAGGAGUCAUGAAUGAAAUUGCAGAGCUUGAUCAGAGGCGUGUCAUCGAGAUGCAUAACUACUUGACCAGUGUGUAUGAGGAAGGUGAUGCUCGAUCAGCUCUGAUCACCAUGGUCCAAGCUCUUAACCAUGCCAAGAAUGGAGUUGACAUUGUUUCUGGGACCAGAGUGCGAACCCAUUUUGCAAGGCCUAAUUGGAAAAAGGUUCUGUCUAAAUUAAGUUCCAAGCAUUGUAAUGCAAGAAUCGGAGUUUUCUACUGUGGGGCACCAGUCUUGGCAAAGGAAAUCAGCAAACUUUGCUAUGAUUUCAAUCAGAAGGGUUCCACCAAGUUUGAAUUCCACAAGGAGCAUUUCUAAGAUAAUUCUGGAGCCUGCAGGUUUUUUGGUUUACCUUCUAUUAAAAUCCGCCUCACCUCUCAAACCCAUUUCUAUCACCAAAAAACAAGCCUUCACAGAACUGCCAAAUAUGAAAUUUUUGAAUAAGUUGAACAAGAAAUCCAGAAGUUAGCUAGCAAUGUACAGUCUUGUAGGACAUAGAGGAAAGGAAACUGUAUAUAUUACUAGUAGUUAUUGUGACGAGUCCAAACGGAAGCUGAAAAAAUGUUCUGGUUGGUGAAGUGGCUUGGGAAGAGACUAAAGAAGAAGACAAUUUGAAAUGGGGAGAGACCAAAGAAGGCUUUGUGGACUCUCUAGGUGAGAUUGGGAAUCUGGAAUAGCUCUGUCUCUUUAACUUUAUAAUUUUUACUGAAGUGGAGAGAACUAGGAAGGCACUUAUGUGGACUCUUUUAGACUGCCAAUGAAAGAUUAUAUUAUAUUAGUUUGCUCAUACUUUUUUUAUUCUUGUAAAUUUUUUAAUCUUGUAAACUUAACAUUGGAAAGUAGAUGGGCUCAUUCUGUUAUAUAUAAUAUAUGUUGCAUCUGUCAUUAUUUCAUAA